AAAACAUACAGUUCGUUAGUUGUGAUAAACACUGGCACAAUUAAUUACAAGUUAUUAAAUUCUUCAGUAUGACAGACGAUAUUUCGAAAAAAGUUAAUAGAAUUUUAGAUCUUAUGCAAGAAGGAGAUUCUGUCGUUAAUUAUACCAAUAAUACAAAUGUAAUACUUAUUCUUGGAAAUACUGGUGCUGGUAAAUCGACAUUAACACAUUUCAUGGCAGGAAAUAACGACCAUUUAAUAUCCAAAGAAGUUAAUGAUGGAUCUGGAGAAUACUUGAUAGAAGACUUGAAUGAUAAAAUUGGCAAAUCAAUUUCAUCUAAAACUCGUUUUCCGGAGUUAAUGAUUGAUCCAGAAACUAACACUGCAUUUUACGACAUGCCUGGAUUUAGCGACACCAGAAGUACAGAACAGGAGAUCUCUGCUGCAUAUUGCACAAAAAAAGUUAUUGACCGUUAUAGCAAUAUUAAAUUAGUGUUUGUUAUAAAUUAUUCAUCAGUUAGAAUAGGGGUUGACAGACGUGAUUUUAUGUUACUUGUAGAUCAUGCCACCACUUUAAUUAAGGACGUGACAAAAUUUCAAAACAGCGUUGCACUUGUUGUGUCAAAAGUUGACAACACAAUAGUGAAAAAAGGGAAAAUCUACGAAUUAGUAUCAGAUGAAAAAAUUAUUGAAACAGUAGUAAAUUUCUUAAGAAAUGUAAAAUUGGACUGUGAAAAUUACAUAAGAAAUAAUUCCACCAAAGAUAUAUAUGUAAAAGCAAUUCAAUUCAUUGACUUAUUUUUGAUUAAAAACGAACAUGAAUUUAUAAAUAUUGGUUUGUUUCGAAGGCCUGACGAACCUGGUAAAUUAAGUGAAAUUGCUUUAAUGCAAGAUGGAAAAAAAAAAUUAGAAAACAUUGUCUAUAACAAUUUAAUAUAUAAAGAAAAAGGUGAAGGUGAUUUUGGUUAUACAGUAUCGUUUGAAUCAAAAUUGUGCAUCAACGACUUAAUCAUAGAAAUUUAUAAAAAAACUUCAAGUCAGUUAAAUGAAAUUUGUAAUCAGGCUAUCAAAGCAAUAAAUGAAAAUAAAAAUAAUAGUACGGACAUUUUUGAAUUACAAGAAAGGUUCGUAGCAGCGCAACGUUAUUUUAAUAUCGAUAACAUUAUUAAUCCUAAUCCAGUAAAUGUUGCUAAAUUUGUAAUUAAUUUCAUGUCUCGAGAAAAUAUAAUCAUACAAGAUUCCUUUUUGAAAUCUAUCAUAACAUAUAAUUCGCACAUUCAUUUUUUACGUUCUCUUUACGAAAAUUCUUCAACAAAUGACUUAGAACCUAUUUGGAUUGACACUAUAAAUAACCUAUCUAAUUAUAUCUCAGAACAACUAAAAAUUUACGAACAUUUAAUUAAAAUUUAUCAUAGAUUAUCAAAGUAUGACAUACAAGUUUCGGUAAAUGACUCUAUUGCAAAAACGUGUUACAAAGAAUUAAAAUUACAAAACAAACCACCUUUACAAUCAAUUGAAAAGUUGACGGAUAUCGAUCUAUCCGAAAUUUCAUUAGAUAUACCUCAAAAUAUUAUUUUAUGUAAUAUUCUAAAUUUCACUAUGAGCAACACAAUUGAGAUUCAAUAUGUAACAGACAAAUUAAUCGUACGUGCUGCUUAUCUUAAAUUUAAAUGGGAAGUUAUAGGUGAAAGAGUUAUUAAUUUAAAUGGGGCAAAUGGAAAAUAUCUGCCGCCAGCAAAAGACGGGAUAUCAUGGUCGGAUCCAAAUGGAAAAGGUGGAAUACCAGGUUUACCAGGUAAACCAGGAGGAAAUUUUUAUGGUAUUGUAGGUACAGUAAUUAACGGUGGCCAUUUAACUAUAUCUGCCAAUGGAGGAAAUGGUGGAACUGGUCAAAAAGGUGGAAAUGGAGUCAAUGGCAAAAUUGGAUUAAGUCCACCUGAUCCUGAUGAAAAUUCAACUAAGAAAAAAUAUUCACAAUUUAGUAUGACUGAAACAAGUGAUAAACUGAUUGUUCCUGCGAUAGUGUAUAAUUAUGCUCGACAUAGUGCAUUCUAUAUCGUUAAAGGACAUGAAGGUAGUAAUGGAGGUAAUGGAGGAAACGGUGGUAUUGGCGGAUUUGGGGGAAAGAAAGGAAAUAUUACGGUUAUUGCGUUAAAUAAAUCUGAAAUUAAAAUAAAACUGAAUGACGGUAGAACAGGCGAAGAUGGUAAAGGUGGAAAUGGAGGUCGUGGCGGAUUAGACGUGAAAACGGAAUCAGUUAAUGAAUUAAAAUCAAGAAACAAAACUAGCCCCAGACAAGAUGGUAACGCAGGUUAUCCUGGAUACAAUAAAUAUUCCAGAACUUUACCCGAACCGCCUUCAGAAUUAAUAUUAUCAAAUCAAACUGACACUUUUAUAAAUUACUGUGACACAUUCUACCGUGGAUCAGUAAUUCAAUCCAAAUAUGAACUAUUUUUAAACAAACUAAAAAGUCAUCCAAAAGCUAAGAGAUUAUUUCAAUUCAACUCUGAAAAUGACUCAGUAGAAAGCCAAAGAAAACGCAGGUCAUUAGACGUCAAUCACCAGUUUACUGAAGUUGCCAGAAAUGGAGCUACCAGCCAAUCAAAAUCUCUAAUUAACUACUCACUAAACUGGGUUGUGACUGAAUUAAUUGCUUUUAAUCCUAUGACUGUUUUGACCAACUGGUGGAAUUGCAUUGACACCUUCCGUCAAAUUAGAAACAAUCCCAACACCAAUUUAACAAAAUGCCACCAAUGCACACAAAAUAGAACCCAACACCCUACACCAGGGAUGGCCUUUUUUGAUGUCCGUGCCACAAAGUCAUAA